AUGGGUAUACUCACACACACACGUGUGCUGUUUGCACAGGCUGGCGUUCUCGGUCUCUUUGCCGCUGUGGCUCUGGUCGCUCCGCUGGUGGUCCUCGAUGCAGCCGUGCCUGCUGCAACAGGCAAGGCUCAGGCGCUGCGGACGGGCGUGGCGUCGGACGUGGUCAUGCUGUUGGGCGGAGCAGGUGGCCUUGCUGCGGCUGCACUCUCUGCUGCACUUGCUCGUCAUGUCCGAUACGACGUGGUUACCCGUGGCGAGGUCUCGGCUGUCUGCGCCGCCGCCUGGCUCGCCACAGCUGUCGUCGCCAUGCUCUUCACUGCCUCGGGGAGAUGGCACCUCUCAGCCAUGAUGCUCCUCCUCACCAUCUCCACCCUCAUGUCGGCUCUCUUUUCCAUGCUCGCUGUCAAUGACCUCUCCACCGUCGCACGCUUCAACUCGCGAUCUUAUCCAGACUAA